CAUUGCACCCACCAGACUGCUUUUGACUUUGCUUUUUUAUACCCGCACCACUUUCUCCUCUGGUAAAUAGGUUUUGCUGAGGUGGGGAUUUUUGGAACUCACUGGACCAUCACACGUGUGUGGACAAAAUGUGUAUAGAAUCAGGGAACCAACCAACAGGGCCUGCCCAAGGCAUUUUGGCACCUGAGGCCAAAUAACAAAAUGGUGCCCCCAACCUGCCAGGGAGGAAGGGAAAGUGAGCUCACUCUUAAACUGCGUGAUGAAAAGAUGUUUCAGCUAAGGCUGGUUGACAGAUACCUGGAAGCACUUUGGGAGAGUUUUCUGCACACCGAACAAGAAAAACGUGAUCUACAGAACUGGAAUUUGCCUUUGAAGAGUACAAAAUCUGGGAAGAGUUUAAAUGGUGAAUCCCAGGAAAAAGUAUUCAAAGGAAUCUUUUAUGAGAUAACCUUUGUGACAAGAUGGCUGACCAGCACCAGGAUUUCAAUAUGACAGAUGACCAUUUGGUGAGCCAAGCUAGAUGGAACCAGACAGGCUCUCCCCUCCAGAUACCAGUUGAUGAUGGAUCUGAUGAACCAGAGUCUGAGGCUUCUGAUGCUAAGAGUACCCCAACUGUGGAAGAUGCUACUGCUCCAUUAGUGGAGGAGAGAGUGCAUGAGAAUCGAAAUGCAACUCGCCAGCAUGCAGAGAUACCUGAAGGAAAUACAGCUGAGGAAGCAGACUUAGGCUCUACUUCUAGCCUUGAAGACCAUGCUGCGGGGGAUGCUCAAGCUCGAAUGGACAACAAAGAUAAAAAUGAGACUGGGAGUGAAGAGCCUAAACCAAAGACAUCCAUACCUUCCUCUGUCAAAAUCUUGGAAGGUAGAUCCUCCAUUAUUCCCAAACGAAACUCCUCUGUUAGUUCUAUCCCUUUGAAAAAACCCUCCAACCCUGCUGAGUCCUCAGUACCAACUUCCAUCCCUAAAUGCAUCUCUUCUAUCGCAUCCCGACCAACCAGUACAGGAACAAAAGAGAAAAGGGGCAAGGGUCCAGAUAUGAAAACAAAGAUAGCCACUCCACGUCCUGGUAUGGGACAGAAUCAGAAGAGUCCAGCCAAUGCUUCUCGGAUCCCUGCCAAAACUCCCACCAUCCCCAAGACACCACCCAGCCUUGCUGCCAAAAAGGAGCAAAGAAGGCCCCCUAACACAGCAGCAAAAUCUGAGAGAGGUGAACCGGUAAAGUCUGGAGAUAGGAGUGGCUACAGCAGCCCUGGAUCUCCAGGAACUCCUGGCAGUCGCUCCCGCACACCCUCCCUGCCAACUCCACCAAACAGGGAGCCCAAGAAGGUGGCAGUGGUUCGCACCCCGCCAAAAUCCCCUUCUUCUGUCAAGAGCCGCUUGCAGACAGCCCCUGUCCCCAUGCCAGACCUGAAGAACAUAAAGUCCAAGAUUGGUUCCACUGAAAAUUUGAAGCAUCAGCCAGGGGGUGGAAAGGUGCAGGUGGUUAAUAAGAAGCUGAACUUUAGCCAUGUCCAAUCCAGGUGUGGAUCAAAGGAUAAUAUCAAACAUACCCCAGGAGGAGGCAGUGUACAAAUUGUUUACAAGCCAGUGGAUCUCAGCCACAUAACGUCCAAAUGUGGUUCCUUGGACAACAUUCAUCAUAAACCAGGUGGUGGGCAGGUGGAGGUGAAAUCUGAGAAACUGGACUUCAAAGAUAAGGUGCAAUCAAAAAUUGGGUCAUUAGACAACAUCACCCAUAUGCCUGGAGGAGGAAAUAAGAAGAUUGAGAGCCACAAGCUGACCUUUCGUGAGAACGCCAAAGCCAAGACUGACCAUGGAGCUGAAAUUGUCUACAAAUCACCCACUGUAUCUGGAGAUGCCUCCCCACGGCGCCUUAGCAACGUCUCCUCCACUGGAAGCAUCAACAUGGUGGACUCCCCACAGCUGGCCACAUUGGCCGAUGAAGUGUCUGCUUCCCUGGCCAAGCAGGGCUUGUGAUUGUGUUAAAGUGGGUGGAGAGAAUAAGAAGAGAAGAAUCCACUCUGGCCUUUCUUCCUCUGUUCCAUUUUACAUCUUCAUUCCCCACCAUUCCUUAAUUUAUUUCGUUUUUUAUAUUAAUGGGCUAACUCUUUUAACCCGGUUCCCUGUCCCCCUUGCCAUUUAUUCAUCUGUGGUCUCAGGAUUUCAAAAUUAGUAACAGUAUGAAAACAAAGAUUUCUUACUAUAUCUCAGUCUAGAGAAAGACAUCAUUUCACCACUUGCUCCUAAACAAAAGGAAAUGUAAUUGUUAGGAAAAUUUGUGCUGCAUAGGAUAUAAGCUUGAGAAAGAGGGUUGGUAUCUGCCUCUGUUGAUGAGCAGCAGCUAACCAAGUUUGUCCCCAUGAACAGAGAAAAGAGCCUAUAUUGCUGUGGGAUUGUUUAGUAACCUUCUUCAAGAACACCUGCUGUUUUGCAUUUUGUUACAGGUAUGUGUGAUAGUGUAAGUCUAAAGCAGAUAUCAACUGCAUACACAGGAUUUGCAGUGUGAAAUAUCCCCUACUUCAGUCCUCAGGGAAUUAGUCUUCAGAAUCUCAUCUCUGCAGGGGGACAUGUUUCUAUGCUGGGAAGGGGGCAAAUGCCCAAUUUGCCAUAGGCAUAUGCCUUUUAUUUUAAGUUUUCUUGAAUGGGGUUUGACUAGAGCCAUACCACUGCAUGCGAGGGCCAAUGCAUUGGCCUGAUACCUUUGAAUUACAAGAGCAAACAGCAUUGAAAUCCUGCCAGCUCCCUCAUCUAUGGUUCAAAUGAUGCAUACUGAGGAGCAAGGUGACGCUUGCCUCAUGCGAUUCUCCUUUGGGGACACUGUUUUUGCAAAUGUAGGGACAUUAAAAGCAAUUUUUCAUACUAUUUGACCAUUUCUACCACUUUUCUCCCCUCUUCCACUUGCCUGCCUUCUUUCUCAUCUUUCCAGCCUAAAAAAUGCCACAAGUUCCAUGCCCGUCUCUUUGCUCUUGCCGUAACAUUUGCAGGUUGGCUCAAAGGACUUGGUAGGCGUUCUUGGGGUAGGGGAGCAAGGAGGUUUGUGGCUUUCAGAUUUGCUCCUUGUGUUCAGUCAAUAAGCAUGGCUGUUUCUCUUGGUUUUCAUGACAAAAUUGUGGUUGUAUGUAGAAAUUUGUGAGGUAGAGGUGUGGUUCUAGGGUUUUUUGUUAAAUGAGAUAGGUGCACUUAAGUGCAAGUGCAUGGGGGAAGAAGGGUAACUUCCUGGAAGGGCGUGCAUGUGGGAAUAGGUGCACCUUUUAGAAUCAAGAGUCUUUCAUAAUAGUUGCAUAUAUCUGAUGCUCUCUUCAUCGCAUGCAUGUUUGUUCCUCAGUACGUGCAUCUGUGGAAGAAGCAUCACAAAUCAUAGACACCAAAAGGUUUCGUUAUCACCUCCAGUACAAUACUUUUCCAUGAAGAUUGUUCACCCUUUCAGUUAUGAGUACUCAAGCAUUGCUCAUGUAGUAUGAACAAGUCCCCAAACUUGGGUGUGCAUGCUCCAAGGGAAACCUACAGCACAAUGCAACCAGCAGGAAUCUAUUUCCCAUAUUUUCUGAAAAGGUGCCAGAGAAUUCAAGUUUUCACAGGUGAGGGGGGGAGGGGGAGUCCAAAACUAGCACACUGUGCAGAAGUGUCUGAAUAAUGACUGUUUCUGAACAUAACCUGCAUAUGUGUACUGGCUCAAGAAGCUAUCAUACUAGCAGAAAGAGCUCUUUCCCUCACCUGUCAAAGUUGAAAGAUUAAUUGCAUUUGUAGUACAGAUUCCAGGGUCGUCCUUACAAACCCUCCCCCCCCCAUGCUGUUUAAACAAUAUUUACGGUACGAGUUGUAGCUGUGCAUCUACCUAAGCUAAGUGAAAAUACUCUAAUUUCAGAGAGUACUUUGCCUUUUGUGAAUGGCUAUUCCUCCCUGCCACUGCCUUUAUCAUCUGAUAGAAUCUUUCUCUCUCCCCUGCCCUCUCAAAUUUCCAUCCUUCAGAUGUAAGUUCCCAAGCAACACAGGCUUUGCAAAACAUAGCCUAGUUUAUUGGAGUACUACCUGAAACACCGAACAGCAACAGAGCUCCUAUUAGAAUUAUGACACAAUCUAUUGCAUGAACGGUUGUAAAUAACACAGAUUUUAUAAGGCAGUCCCACCACCACUCAUACAUUACACAGUUGGAAUUGUCUGGAUGUGUUUGGAAAUUUCCAAGGGAGAGGAUAAGAUGGUUUAAGUAAAACAAAACACACAAACCCAAGAAGCAGGGGGGGGUGGAAUCUCAAAUUGGUGAUAGCACACAUGGCUUUUUAACAGUAAGUUCACAAAUAUGGCAACAGAGGCCUGAUCCUCAGAGCUAGAUCCAAUAAGGAACUGUCGUGUAGGUUUACAGCAUAGUAUUUAAAGCUUGGCAAGGCGUAUAUUAUCUGAGUUUGCCAAACUUAUGGUGGUUGUUGGUGACAGGGUGGCAGCCUCUAAGUGAACCAGGUGUCUUGUCAUGGGUGUAGAAGAUUCUGCAACAGAUAAGGAUCAUAGCAUGCAGAAUUAGAAUCACAGAACUGUAGAGUUGGGAGGACAGUGCUCAGAGUGAUUAGGAAUUUCCUCUUCCUGUUCUCUCCAUUUCCUCAAAUAGUCUUACUACCCAACACGUGCAUCUGUCUUUGUACUGAGGUGGGGAAUCUGUGGCACUGGAGGUUCUGCUAGUCCACAGCUCCCAUCAUCCCUGAUCAUUGACCAUGUUGUUGGGGACUGAUAGGGAGUCAAGUUUACCUUCUUCUGAAAAGCUACUGGCUCCGCACCUCCAUAUGAUGGUGGACUCAACUCCCCAUCUGCCCAAGCCAGCAGAGUAAAUGGUCAAGAAUAAUGGAAGCUAUAGACCAGCAGCAGCUGGAAGGCCACAGCCCCACUGCUGCCACAUAAUUAUUCCAAAACCCCACACCAUUGUGAAACAAAUCUUCUGUACCCUAGCCAGAGCAGCCUUUGUACAAUGCCACAGACCUAGGCAUUCAAGGAUAUUGGAGGAAUGUUUGUGGAAACUGCAGCUGCUCAAAAAAACCCCCCCAAAGUGGUAGAGAAUAUUUGGGGGGGAAACUUGCAAAGCGGGCUUCUAUUUCUAAGUGGUGGUGAGAAGAAAAAUCUUUUAAAACUUUCGUUGCAUGUUUUUCUGAGAAAACGUCUGAUGCGGUAUUCAAAUGUCAAGCUGACGCCGGUUGCUAAACUUAAGACAUUCCUUGUGAGACACCUUGAAGAUGGGCUGUGUGCAUGUGUUUUUGUCCUUGUUAGGCUGAGUCGGGACUAAGGCUUUCUGCUUUAGGAGUACCACCUUGUAAAGUCUGUUGCUGCCUUUGCUUGCUUAUUGUUUUGAGCCAUGGAUAAAAAUCAGUUCAAUUAAUUGUUGGGAAGUAAAGAUUGUCCAUUGUUUCUGUAAGCAAAAGUAUUUUGUGGAAUGAAAUAAAAAAAAAAGUUGAGUAAGUUGUGGCUAAGAUGGAGGAUGGGAUAGCAUGGGACAGGAACCAAUUGGGUUCAAGAAUGUUACUUUGUUGGCUAUAUCAGUGUACUGCCGUACCAAUGUGGUAGCCAGGGUUCUUCAGACAGAUCAGCAUAUUGGUCACCUUUCAACGAUUUCCAAUAACUCUAUGAUACUGUAUUUAAAAAUAAAGCCUGCAGUUUAGGAUGUGAGGAAGCUUAAUAUGCCUGAAGUGAACAAAUGUGAGAUUUUUCCCACUGAGCGCAUAUACCAUGUCACUGAGAUUCUUUUCUGUUUGCAUUAGGGGAUUGAGCUAGGGCUGGAAAAACGUCAUCUUUUGUCAGUUUUUCUAUUGGCUUAAGCUGUAAAUAAAACAAUAGCCCUCUUUAUUCAGUAUGAAGCAACAAAAACAAACACAAAGUUAUAUUUGAGAUCAUUUGACUCCCUGAUUCUUCUGAAUAUUAACAGCCCUUGCCUUCAUCCAUUUAUUUCACUGCUCAAAUCUUCCCCUUCCCCAAGCAUAGGAUCAACCAUUGAAACAUUCUGAGUUAUUUUCCCCCACCCCAAAUUUAGCCAUCUCCCUAAGUCAUAAUAUCUGUUUUCAAACAUGGAUUUUGAUUGUCUUUAUGGCUCAUUUUAGGAUGCAUAAUGGCAUCAGUUUUAUAGAGGGUUAGACCCAUGAGGGUUCCAAUCGAGGGCCAUGUUGAAUUGACUGGCUGGUGUCUUGUCUUGGUAUAUAAAUAUACAUAUCUAGGGGGUUGGAAAAGUGUUAAAAUUUGACAGAUGAAAAUCAUGGUUUUGAAAGUUAAAGAGGAAAAAAAUGGGCUUUUUGUCAAGAACUUGAAAGUAUGAAAAAGGGACAAUGGAGUUUGGAAGACCCAACAAAUUCCCUUUUAAGUUUCACGGGGGUGGGGAAACGGGGUGGGAGGGGGUGGGAAAGGAGUAAGAUCUCCAUAUGAUCAUCCUAGCUUAGCUACCUGUCUGUGACUGUCCAUAUUGUACUUGUGUGUUAUAACAACUGGUUUACACCGACUUGCUGUAAAAGUGAAUUUGGAAAUAAAGAAUUCAUUACUACAA